CUGAGGAAUCUUCAAGCUCCACUAUGUCCCUCCAACAAGACACAAAACCUAUGUUUACCGGGCAAUUGAAGCGGCGCGUUCGCACCGACGAAGCAUGGUAUCACGCUGAGUUAUUUCUCCUCUCCGAAUCACAUUGGACCUUGAGUGCGCGAAACCUUCAGGGAUUCCCCAUAACUGGACAGAACUCGUCAACGACACAAACGACACAAACUACUUCUUACUGGAGAAGGGCUAAAGCUAUCCUCAAAUGGUUUACUAUACACGGUUUAAUGGUAAAGCGCGGCUUGUACGUCGCAAAUGGCGACCCCGUGCCUGAGCAACUACUUUUGGCCUCCGAAUCUGCGUAUGCGCACAACUGCACGCGCAAUCUUUUCCACCGACUUCCUAUGGAGUUGAUAUUAGAAAUUGCUAGCUACUUAUCACCCGUUGCUCGGCUCGUCAUGCAACGGGUUUGCAGGAAAUUCCGAGCCGGCCUUGCUCCGCAUCGAAUUGCACCCGAACUCAGGAGCGGCUUUUUAACGAUGAAGCAAAUAUUCCAGUUCGUCUUCCUCCUCAGGCAGGAUGUACAAGUGCGACUGCAAGACGAUUAUGAGCGGGAGUGUGACCUGGCGCCGCCGAACUCUAGCCUCCACCGCUCCGGUUGCUCUGGAUGCCGCACAACACACCAAAUGAAAUACUUCUCCAGCGAGGAAUUGAGCUUGUCACCGAAAAUUCGAAUAUGCAAGGGUCUUGCAGCGCCGUUUCGACUCUGCCGCCACCUUUCAUUCUCUGGUCAAUGCCUCUUACGAGCGCUUCGCGUCAUGAAAAACACGGAUUAUAUCUGUCAAUUGGAACAUGAAAAUGACGUUCAUAACAAGUUUAUGGCCGGCUUAGGAGGGCGACAAUCGGGACCGCAUAUCGGAUUCCACGGAGGACACACCAUCACCAUUGAUGAAACUAUCCCAAUUUUGACAAUAGGAAACGAUAAAGAAACGACACAUGAUCAGCUCUCUACUGCUCUUCGUAAAAAGUAUGCAUACAUCUGUCCGCACUUGAGCACCGCUAGCCCAGAACUUUUUGGAGGAAGCCUAGUGACGGCUGAGUGUCCAGACUACACUUUCUCACAAAUUCGAGAUCUGGAGCGGAAACACCAAGCCCCAGAAUGCUAUCAGAUCUAUAAUAUUCAUAACCUUCUUCGCCUUGGAAAGUGCACGAGUGCGGCCCUCGUUUCAAGGAGUGCGGAUGGGAAUGUGUCCAAGCGAGAUGUAGAGCAUUCACAAACUCGUAGGAAAGAGCGACCAUUUAACAACCUUCCUUAUCUUGUCCUCCGACCUCCAACAACCAGUAGCACCAGUACCGGCAGCACCACCAGCACCACCAGCACCACCAGCACCAUGGCGCCCUCCGACGAGCAGGUAUAUUUUACUUUUCAAAAUGUAGGCGUGGUCCUUGCGUUUCUAGUCGCGUGCUUCGCCCUCGCCCUCAGCUGGAUCGAGCGCCGUGACGCCGCUGCUGCCCGGCGUGAUGCUGCUACUGCCGCCGCUCUCGGUGCCGCCGCCCCGCCUGUGGCCGCCCCUCUUGUCGACGCUGAAGUUCGACAAUUCUUUAGCAGCAUGGUUGAAGCUCUGGACAAGAUAGCGGUAGCAGCAGCAGCAGCAAACCUGCCCUCUCCGCCGCCACUAGGUCCCCCUCCGCCACCCCCAAGUCCCCCUCCACCGCCACCCGCCUCGCUACCAAGUCCACCCCGCCGCCCUGCCGCCAGCAGAAUCCCCUGCCUAGCGCCAGCAACCCCCCGCCCAGCGCCAGCAACCUCCCGCUCAGAGGAUCGACCAGACUAG